UGGAGUCUGUGAAAACUUGCGGAAAUUGGAGAUCACAGGAGUGUCCUGUCGAGAUGUUUAUGCCAAACGUAUAAACCCACGAGUGAAGUCGGGGCGUUUUAUGAAAAUCCUUCCCGACUACGAGCACAUGGAGUACAGAGAUGUUUACACCUGCCUGCUGCACCGAUACCGACACAUCCUGGGGUUAUGGCAGCCGGACAUCGGGCCCUAUGGGGGACUGCUCAACGUGGUGGUAGAUGGUUUGUUCAUCAUCGGGUGGAUGUACUUGCCACCUCAUGACCCUCAUGUCGAUGAUCCGAUGAGAUUCAAACCUCUCUUCAGGAUUCAUCUCAUGGAGAGGAAAUGUGCAACGGUUGAGUGUAUGUAUGGUCAUAAGGGACCUCAUAACGGCCAUAUCCAGAUUGUAAAGAAGGAUGAGUUCUCCACGAAAUGCAACCAGACAGAUCACCAUCGGAUGUCAGGGGGAAGGCAAGAGGAAUUCCGGACGUGGCUAAGGGAAGAGUGGGGUCGGACUCUGGAAGACAUCUUCCACGAACACAUGCAAGAGCUCAUCUUGAUGAAGUUCAUCUACACCAGCCAAUAUGACAACUGCUUGACAUACCGACGCAUCUACCUCCCUCCUAGCAGCCCUGAUGACCUUAUAAAGCCAGGUCUCUUCAAAGGAACGUACGGGAGCCAUGGGCUGGAGAUUGUCAUGUUGAGCUUUCAUGGAAAGAAAGCAAAGGGGACUAAAAUCACUGGAGAUCCCAACAUCCCAGCUGGGCAGCAGACUGUGGAGAUCGACCUGGCACAUCCUCUGCAGCUACCCGACAUCGAGAACCUUCGCGACUUCAGCGAGCUCUCGCGCAUCGUCCUGGAGGUCCAGGAGCAGAUACGUCGGGAGGAGCAGGAGCAGGAACACCGGCAGGAGGAAGAGGAAUGCUGCCAGCAGGCUGCCUCCCAGCCUGCUGCGAGGCCCCUGGGAGGAGAAGGUGCCGAGGGGGAAGAGACUGCAGCAGGGGCAGAGGGGAUGACCCAGGACAAGGCACCAGCUUCCCAGCCCUUCGUGCUGCCCAUGGGAGUCAUAUCAAGGAACGAAGACUAUCCCCGGACCUGCCGAAUCUGUUUUUAUGGGACGGGGCUCAUUGCUGGCCACGGCUUCACCAGCCCCGAGCGUACGCCGGGUGUUUUUGUUCUCUUUGAUGACGAUCGCUUUGGGUUCAUCUGGCUGGAGCUGAAGUCCUUCAGUCUCUACAGCCGGAUCAAGGUCUCCUUCCAGAACGCCGAAGCGCCUUCCCGAGAGGCUUUUGAUGAAAUGCUGAAGAACAUCCAGUCACUGGCUACUUGACAGGUGGUUUGUGAUGGACAGGGCUAGGGGUUGCAAAGGCUGCUGCACUCCCCAGCCAGGGCUGGGAUGGGCAUUCCUUGCUCUCGGUACCUCUGAAUAAAAGCAUGCACUUUUAAUAAAGCCUUUUUACCCCAAAUGUACACAUCCCGGUUAAAAUAUCCAUGACUGCCCUUUCCUCCCUGCCGCUCCACACUGCUCCCUAGCAGUCCUUGUUACUCAGCCUGUAACGUAGCUUUGUAUAGCUGAAGGGAUCCUGCAGAGGAGGAAACAGACUUUUCUUACUGCAAAAAGAAUGUAUUGGAACAAAAAUAACUCGAGGUCAGAGCUGGAUCAGAAGAACAUGUAAUUGUCUGGAUGGACACAAGCCCUCUGCUCUGACCGUUAGCAGUCUCCUGUGGCUUUUCUUCAGGGAAGGGACUUGUUUAAGCCUUUGCUGUGCUCUAGGCUGAUCUGUCCUCCUGGGAGACUUGCUUUACCCUCCUGAAAACCUGUGCGGUCCCCGGCUGCUGGCUUUUUAAUGAUAAAUUGUGUCAGCAGUGACAAAGCACGUCCUCCUCUCCAGAAACCUUUCUCUGGGUGCAGCGUUGUCAAGAGAGGCUGGUGUAAUAUCUGUAUCCUUGGCUUAGUAAUUGAAGUGGGUGGUUUCCUUGAGAAAUUCCCUCAGCUUGGCAGCAAGGGGAGGAUUCCCACUGUAAAUGACAGUGUGUGUAGCCUUGCCCUGGCUUCUGGAGCUUGAUGGAUGUGCUGUCCCUGGGGCUCCAGGUCUGGGUGUUCCCCUGAGCAUAGAGGAGAUGAUUCUUUUUCCUUACAGAAGCUGGGUAUGGAACUGUUAGAAAUGAGUGUAAACUGCAGAAGCUGGUGCAUCCAGAUUGGGUUUGUACCUGAAAGGUUCACCUCAGAUAUUUUAAAGUGGGCCUGAAAAUGUAAAAGAAGGAGAAAAAAGAAAACCAAGUGUGAAAUAAGCCCAACUGCAGCCUGCUGACUCCUGUCUGUGAUGGGCAGCAGAAGGUGCCGUGUGUCACUGGUACUGAUGUGACCCCAGUUACGUUAUCAUUCUCGUAUCGGGUUACCCUGCGCAGUCUGAAGGAGCGAUGAGAGAUUCUCCUCAUAUUGCUGUGGCUUGUUCUGGCACCUUUUACAGUUGGUACCGACAGGUGGGUGCUGCUGCUCCGCUCACAGGACCCUUCUGUUCCCUUUCUAGUUGCACUUAUUUCAUCCCAGACGAUUGCUGCUUCCACAGAAAGCUCCUGGGCUUAAUUUCUUUCCAUGACACCUGCAUUCUGUGGGGCAGAUCUGAGCUCCUGCAGGCGAGGAAGCAGAUUCCCCAUAGACUGUCCUUUGCAGGAAAAUCCCGGCCAGUGCUGAUCUACAGACUGUGAGUUGUGCUGUAAACCAUCAGCAGUGUUAUUAGUCCUGUGUGGGAAGAGGUGGUAGGGAUCCCUGUGUGAAGAGAAAAGAGCUGUUUGUGAGGAAGCUCUUGGUUACAAGCAAAAUACAUCCGUGGUCGCAGUUGUUCUCUGGCUGUGAUGAUGAACUCCCAGGUUUCUUCUCUCCUGCUACCAGCCAGAUCAGUGUCUUAACAGAACUCUGCCUCUACAUUUUCUGCAGAUUUUGGUUUGUAAAUGUGUCUCUACGUGGGUUGGGAGGGUUCAGGCCCCUUCUAUGGAGGAGUUUCAGUGACUGCAUAGUUUCACUGACUGCUAGCAGCUUUUAUUCUCACUCUGACGGGGGCCUUUUGCCAUUUCUAGCUCUCGAACGUUCCCUCAAGCUGCGCGAGAACUGAGUCUCCAGCAGAGACUUUGAGGAGAAGGUCACGUCGCUCACAGGAUUAAUUCCUGUCUCUUUGGAUAUAGAUUUACAAACCUCUGGGAUGUUGAAGGUGAUUUGGGGCACUUUUUUCCUUUGUUUCCUGCUGCUUUGUCAGUGGUGGAAAACCUGCCUCAGUGGUAGAGGUGAGGAUCUGAAGUGCUAUUACCAUUCUAGUGAAUAAGCUAUAAAAAGUAGGUUGUUUCUGAGCAGCCUGUUAGGGGAGUUGCUGUUGGCAUCAGCAGAGGGAGAAGCUGACUUGGAUCUCACCCCAUCACGUGGGACUGGGAGAGAGGAAGGGUGGCAGUUCUGUGAGCCUUGGUGUGUGGGCAGAGGGGUGAGCUGAAGCUCAAAUCGGGCAUCUCGGCCUUUCUCUGCGGCUGCCGGGCUGUGCGCAGGAGAAGAGCGUGUGCUUAAUCUUGGAGACAGAGGUUUCCAGCUCGAUGAUGGAUUUCUGUGAUACUUAAAGACAUUAGGAGUCUGUUUGGCAUCUGGGUGGCCAGUUUAUCUUGGAGUUUGUUGUUAGGCUGGUGCAGCCAGUAUGUUGGCUGCUUUGUAUUCUCUGCAACAGCCUAAAGGGGUGUGAGAGGUCCCCUUGGGCGGCUGUUGCAGUCGCUUGGCCCUAAAAUCAGCUCUGCUUCAGCUGCAGACGGAUCCAUAGCUCUGUCAAUUCCUCCUUCCUUCAGUGUCCCCACUCACCCAAAAAAGUAAAAAUCCUGAAGUUUUGCAUAACUGACUUGAUGGUUGUUUUGUUUUUUAAGAUUGAAAAUCCAGACUGUAUGAAUGCACUACAGGCACUUGGCCUGAGACCCGAGUCACUCGUAAGUACAGACGCUGACUCUGUAGCUGGUCUUCUCCCUGCAACCUUCUGUGUUGGGUUGGCUGAGUGUGUAAAGGUGGUGUAGAUAUGUUCUACUGCUCUGUCCUAAAAUGCUUUUAGUAGUUGUAAACCUGUAGCUUAAAUUCCCCCUGAUACCAGGGGUCUGCUGGGGAGUGCAAGCCCAUGGAUAGUGGUUGGCGAGAGUGUUUCUCUCGGUACUGGGUGGUACAGAUCUUUGUCACCUGGACAAGGACCUGCUGACUGUUGGCACAGGUGGUGCAUCUGCUCUUCUCCAGGCUAAGAUGGUUCUUCUGCUUGUAGCUUGUCCCUUCCAAACCUUUUCAGUGGCAGCGUUAAAGGUUUCCCUUCUGACAGCGAGACCUGCUUGGCUGGCUGGAGAGAAGGGCUUUGCAGAGGCUUGGAGCCCUGCAGGAUCUUUUCACAGCUCAGCUUUGACCCUGUAGUAGCAUCUUUUUAUUUAUAGCAUACCUGAUAGGCCUCAAAAUGUCAGAAUGUGCUAGUCCUGAUUUAAAGGCAAAACUGCUCAUACACCAUGGCUUUAUUUUGUCUAAAGCAAAGGCAAUGAAAACAGCAAAUUUUUUAUUAAUGCUCCUCUUCCUUCUCUUCUCACCUUCUGCUCCUCAAAGCCUGGCAGGCUUUUGUGGCAUUUCAGAAGAAAAUUCCCUCUGAUUUGGCUUAGGUUGAAGACAGCCGUUAAGAUGGUGAAUUUGAGGAGACUGGCCUAAAUGCUCCGGGUGCUCCUGUGCCUUUGCAGGUUCCUUUGUGCACGGCUACACGAGUGCGUUCAGAGAAAGCAGAACGACACGAUGAGGAGUUAUAGCUUGCAGCUCGGAAGGCUUUGGGAGAGGGAAAGGGAGACCAGAGGAGUGCAGGCAGCUUGGAUCUGAGCAUCACCCAUGGCCGAGGCGGAUGCAACCGCAGCCCCACUCCUGCCUUCCCUCGUGGUACCCGUGGGCAGCAGUGCUGACAAUUCAGUAUUUUGCUGUACUUGCUCAUGUUUGGUACGAGCUGUCCCCCCCCCUUGCGCAGUAUGUCUCGGUGCACAUUCUGCUUGUUUCCUGAGCCCUCAUUGGCCAGCUUGUGGGGGUAUUUCUGCGAGCUGUUGACAGGGAUAAGGUGUGGCCGUGGCAGUGCCUCGCAGAGGGUGAUAAAUUUCUGGUGCCGACGUGUCCUCAUCCUGUUCACUCCGUAGAAAAUCGUGGGGGCAGUUGGCUUUAUUUCUUGGUCCCAGAUGGGUGGAAAGUGCUGAGGAGGAUGGAAAACAACUUGUCAGGGGUAGGAAUACUCUCUUGGCAGACGCCUUUUGGAAUAAACAAAAGUGCUUGCAGUGAAGUUGCAGAGCAGCAAUUGCCCCAAUAGCCGCAGCAAGGCCUAGGGCUUAAUUCUAGCUCAGGAGCAAUAAGCCAGUGACUGGCUUACGUGCUCAGGCUGUGUUUUGCUUCUAGAUCAUGCUUUCUGUGUUGUGAAAACACAUGGGUUUGGCCAGCUGGAAAACAGAAGCAUCAAAGAUCCUCAUCCAGCCAGUUUGUUUGCCUUGGGCCUGAUUUCAUAGCUAUAAAUACUCUGUGAUCAGGCGUUGUGGUUGUAGGAGCCUCACUGCUUUUUUUUUUUUUUUUUUUUAUGGAGGAGGAAAAGGGACAGAAUUACUUGUACCUUUGGCUGUCAGCUUUCCUUUGGAGUGAGCAGUGUGGUACUGCCACGGCUACGCUGGAGGGGGACAGCAGAGGUCGGAUGGCAGUUAGUUGGGAAACUUGUGUUGGGGAGAAAGCAAAUCCACCUCGCUUGGAGGUGUAAGCUACAGGAAAAAAACAAAAUGCAGCUGGCUCAGUGUUUACUUUUAAACAAGGAUGACUUUUUAUUGCUUUUUAUUAAUUUAAAACUAGUGGAACUUAAUGGGAGUGUUGAGUGUUGUGUGGAAAUGGGUUGUAUAAUCUCGAUUUGCUAGUUUAGGAAAUGAUAAUCUAUUAACUCUGUUUUGUAGCUGGUUGCUCACGUGGCCAAUAAUCUUCUGUUGUGUUCGGCUGCCAAAGGAUUGCGUGCUGGCCUUCGCUGUGGGCCAGACGGACAGCCUAACUUACCAGUUGGACAGUGAAAUAUUUGAGAUGUGUGAUCAGGCGGUGGAGUGGAAGAUAAGUUACCAAACUGUGAGUGCCACUGACCGUUUUUUUUUUCGUGUGUGUGUGCGCUGAAUUGAAAUGUAUGAUUCUGGUUUUUUGUUUGGAUUGCAGUCUUUUUAAUUUUUGAGGAAAAGAGCACUCGGAUUGACUGUGUUCAUUAGCUUAUUAAAGCAAUCUGCACUUUUUUUUUUUCAUUGAUUAAUACUCCUACUUCCCCUAAGCAGGUGUACCCUGUUCCUGUGUGUAUUUUGCACUCACAACUUUACCAUGACAACAGUGGAUUAAUCUGGGUAUCUCCUCUAGGCUUUGAGUGUAAAUAAGUCUCUCUAAAGUACCCCUUGGUACUUACUCAAAAGAAAGGUGAAACACCAGCUCCCUGCUUCAUACAGAGGGUAGUGCAGAGCAAAAAGGUGAGCUUUUCUUUCUAAAAUGCCAUUUGACAUUGAACACCUCAGUUUCAUGCCACACACAUCCAUGCAGAACAUGAUAACUGUAAUUUAAAGAACUCGCCUGCCCGGUCUGCUGCCCUGUCCGAGGGGAGGGGGUUUUGCCUGUCCCUGUCUUUGUGGGUUUGAGAGGAACGGGCUGUAUAAAAGCCAGAUGUGACUUUGCAGCACUUGGCCUACUUCAUCCCAGGUAUCAGAAAGCUGAGCAAAAUGCCUGUGUUACUUUUACACAUGAUCAUUGUUACCCAAGGAGCUUUUUCCAAUUUCAAAUAAUAAAAAUAAGUUUUGUGAACUUA